GAUUGUUCGCAUUUUGGAUCGAUUUCUUGGCCCAACUUUUUAAUACUUUUAAAAAUAUUCAGUUCUAGGGCCUACAACCAUCUUUUUUUCCCCUCUGUGGCCAAAUGGCUCAAUUUAUCAUUUAAAAAUUUUAAAUUAAGCCAUUAGGUCAAGUAGUCAGUCGGCGAGGCAGUGAUGGGGAGGCAAGAUCAGGACAUCAAGUGGAGAACAUAGAAAUUUAUAUCUUCUAAAUACCUAAAAUUGACCACCAUAAUUCCAGCUUUAUUUCAAGAAACGUGGCCCUGACUGCUGAAGGUGGGAGACACCGUGGUAAAUGAGGGCUUAGCGGGGAGAAGUGCAAUUCUAUUCUAGCCUGGGUACAAUCAGCAGAGGUACCAGACACCCAAAAUAAACUCCAAGCAGCCAGCCAGCGGUCCGCUGCGAGGCGGGGCGGGGGCUCGCGUAGCCCCGCCUUAGACCUUAGUGACGUAGGACAAUGCCUGCCACGCGUCGGAAUUCGAUCCUACCGGGAGAGCCACACGCCUGCAGACACGAAAUAGGGCUUACACUAGGCCUGGGGUACCUGGGAACCAUGCAUUUCCUAUUCAGGCUAGCGGUUUUGCUCAGCCUGUGGAGCUGUUCUAACGCUCAGGGACAAACGAAAGAAGAAAGCCCAGAGGAAGUGAAAAUAGAAGUUUUGCAUCGUCCAGAAAACUGCUCCAAAACAAGCAGGAAAGGAGACUUGCUAAAUGCCCAUUACGACGGCUACUUGGCUAAAGAUGGCUCCAAAUUCUACUGCAGCCGGACACAAGAUGAAGGCCACCCCAAAUGGUUUGUUCUUGGUGUUGGGCACGUCAUAAAAGGGCUGGACAUUGCUAUGAUGGACAUGUGCCCUGGAGAGAAGAGAAAGGUGAUUAUACCCCCUUCGUUUGCAUAUGGAAAAGAAGGCUAUGAAGGCAAGAUUCCACCCAACGCAACACUGAUGUUUGAGAUUGAACUGUACGCUGUGACCAAAGGACCACGGAGCAUUGAAACAUUUAAGGAAAUAGACACAGACAAUGACCGGCAACUCUCUAAAGCUGAGAUCGAGCUUUACUUACAGAAGGACUUUGAAAAAGAUGCCAAACCCCGUGACAAAUCAUACCAGAAUGCAGUUUUGGAAGAUAUCUUUAAGAAAAAUGACCACAACAGAGAUGGCUUCAUUUCUCCCAAGGAAUACAAUGUGCACCAACAUGAUGAGCUAUAAAUUUAUUUUACUUUUUUAUUUGUUAGUACUUACUGUAUUUUGAUUUUUAAAAGAAAAAUUACUUUUCUCCAGGUUGUGGUUUCCUUUUUUCCCUUAUGAGAAGAUAUUUGUUUCCUUUACUAAACAUAAUUUUGGUGUAA